AUGUAUACCGCCGCUUUGCUUCUCGCUCUCUCCCUGACUGCCCAGUCAGUCCCGGUCUUCCAUUCCCAAGCAAACGACACCAUUGCUCGCAGAAAUGAACUGCCAUACAAGGUCGUCGACGUCGCCGGCACUGCGGCUCCCCCGGUCGAGACAGUCACCGCCACGCCCUCGCCUCCCGUGACGGUGACCGUCACUGAAUAUCCUUCCUCCACCCCAGCUCUGGAGCCUUUCUCUCUUUCCUCUUGGAGUGUCGGUCCUCGGGUGACAGGCAUCCCCCACCCCGGGCCCCAGUUUGCCGCGCGGGGACUCAACAGCACAGAGCACAACCACCGUCGCCAUGCGCAGGCCAACACCACCGUCACCGAAACCCCCGCCAGCGAGGAUUCCAUCACAGUGGCCAAGCGCAGCAACGACACUCUGCCCCGUUCCUUGGGUAACCACAACGGAACCGAGCAUGAGCAUCACGCCGAGCACAAGGACGACGACAUCUCCGCCAAGGCUCUGACCCAACGCGCACUCACCAGCACCGAAGCAGCCAGCAAGCACACCGGCAGCAACGCCAAUGAGACCCAGUCGGCCCGCGCUGAUCUUGCCCCUGGGCAUGCCGCCGCCUUCGCGAGACGUGCACUCACCACCGGUGACGCGAAGCCCACCCCUCAGAACUCCAACAACACCGCGGAGCAGUCCGACGCUACGAAGCGCGCAAUCAACACCACCGAGGCUGCUACCAAGCACUUCGCCCGAAGCUUGAACGGCACCUCUCUGCACGCUCGGAACGUCACUGCGGGUGACUACUGA